GCAACCAUGAGUGUGAUCAUUGGUCUACCGUUCAUCGUGUGCAUCUGGAUCUCUGCUGCGGUGGCGAUCGUCUACACCCUGAUGGGAGGUCUUCACUCGGUGGCGUACACAGAUGUUGUGCAGCUCAUCCUCAUGUUCAUCAGCCUGUGGUUCUGUUUACCGUUUGUUCUGAAGAACCCGUCCUCCCUAAACAUCGCUCAGACGGCUCUGAAUAACUCGCUACAGGCUCCCUGGUUAGGAACACUUCCAUCAGAAAAGGCCUGGCGCUGGAUCGACAACCUGUGUGUGUUGACUCUGGGCUGCCUCGGCUAUCAGGAGUUUCAUCAGAGAACUCUUUCGGCCUGUUCGUCAGCCACAGCAAAGUUUAAUUGUUUUGUUGCUGCUGCAAUUAUUCUUAUUUUUGGAAUUCCUCCCGUCCUGAUUGGUGCAGUGGCUGCAUCAACAG